CAAAGCAUACUAUCUAUCUACCUGAGGGAACAAGAAGGGGCUUCGAUGGCCGCGUUGCUUCGGUUUGCCGCGAGGAAGGUCUGCGGCCAUGCCGGCCUUGAGCGGCCACUGCAGGGCAGUUUCAUGGCGGCCAGGUCGAUCGCCGUCGUCAAGGAGGAGGAGCCGCGGAAGCUGCCGUGGACUAUUUUCCAUGGCAGGCUGCGCUCACUCCAGUGGUUCAGCAGCACCCCUGAAUCACCAUACGAUCCUCUCACCAACAAUCACAAGCACUUCCCUGUGAGCCUCGGCACACGAGGAUUGGAGGAGAAGCGGCAGGAGUUGCUCCGUUUGCUCCGCGAGAUGGACGAUCUUCAAGCUGAGAGAUGCACCAUGGAGAUCAAGAAGAACACCAAGCUGCUCCAGUUGCUUGGGCGACCCCCUUCAAAACCAUGGUCAGCUGAAGAUUUCAAACGACACUUUGGCGUUUAUCACUUUCAGGACUUUAUACUAUCCCUUCCAGCUAUGGCAUGUGCAGUCCUUCACUUUGUCGUUAUCUCUAUGAUGACUAUCUUUAUCUUGCUUUCGCCCUUCUUCUUACUUUAUGAGUACUGUACAUCUACAUCUAGGACCGGCCAGAAAUAUAAGGAGCAUACACUUUCCGAGAAAGAUUUAGCUGCGACCAAGGAGUAGUCUAGCUUAUCAUUUGGACCAAUGUAUUUGAUAUCGGAAGUGUGUGCUAUACUACAUUACUUCUGUGAAGAAUGAGAGCUACAUUGCAGCUGUACUACGAAUGGUUUAUCAACCAAAUAAAUGUUCUUAACUCCCUAAAAAUACCCUUAUUUUAUAUGGACGCAAGUGUUCUUGAGGAGUUAGUGUCUUUGUGUUGAGUAUGUGAACCGGAGCUCCUAGAUUCAUAAUCAUUGCAUGUAU